AUGAGCAGCGGAGUCUCUGGUGACACUCUGUACCAGGCAGUGCAGAAAGUCCUGCACAGGAAGCAGCACAAGCGUCGGAAGUGUUUGGAGACAGUGGAGUUGCAGAUCAGCUUGAAGAACUGUGACCCCCAGAAGGACAAAUUGCUUCUCAGGCUUAAGUCCACUCCCCACCCCAAGUUCUCGCUGUGUUCCCUGGGGGACCAGCAGCACUGUGAUGAGGCCAAGGCCAUGGGUAUCUCCUACAUGAACAUGAAGAUGAUGAAAAAACUCAAUGAGAAUAAACUGGUCAAAAAGCUGGCCAAGAAGUAUGAUACAUUUUUGGCUUCAGAGUCUCUGAUCAAGCAGAUCCCACGAAUCCUUGGCCCAAGGCUAAAUAAAGGAGGAGAGUUCCCUUCUCUGCUCACACACAACGAAAACAUGGUGGCCAAAGGGGAUGAGGCCAAGCCCACAAUCAAGUUCCAUAUGAAGAAAGUGUUAUGUCUGGCUGUGGCUGUUGGCCAUGUGAAGAUGACAGAUGAUGAGUUUGUGUAAAACAUUCACCUGGCUGUCAACUUCCUGGUGUCAUUGCUCAAGAAAAACUGGAAGAAUG